CCCUCCACCACGCUUCAUCCAACACCCGGCACCCGGCACAAAGCGACAGACAGAGCGAGAGAGAGAGAGAAGAGAGCAGGCAGACGAAAGAGACCCGGGGAGAGAGCAGGGGAGAGAUCUAAACGUAGAGAGAGAAGCGAGGAGACACGCAGGGAGAAACAGGGAGGGAGACGAGCAGAGAGAGAGAGAGACACGCGGGGAGAGACGCGCAGAGAGAGAGACCCGCGGAGUGACCGAGAGAGGCGGGGAGCGAGACACGCGGGGAGAGACGCGCAGAGAGAGACACGCGGGGAGACGAGCAGAGAGAGAGAGACACGCGUUUGAGAGACGAGCAGAGAGAGACACGCGGGGAGAGACGCGCAGAGAGAGAGAGAGAGGCGGGGAGCGAGGGAGAGACGGUGGAAGAGACGGAGAGACGGGGCCGGGGAGUCGGGAGAGUCGGAGGAGUCGCGCCGCGGAGCGAGGCUCUGCGGAGUCCGAGGAGCAGGGUCGGAUGUCAGGCGAGGGUCGUGAGGAUGCGGACGAAGCCGAGCCACCUUUACCUCUACCUGCCCGCGGUGUCGUGUCUACUCGUGGUGAUGGGGCUGCCCCCGGCACUGCCCCUCCCUGCCCCUUGUGCCAAGCACGAGUACCGGGACCCCCAUGGGACCUGCGCCCCCUGCCCACGCUGCCCCCCCGGGCAGGAGCUUGACCAGGAGUGCGGCGCGGGACGUGGAGGACUGGGCCUCGGUUGCCGGCCAUGCCCCCAGGGCACUUUCUCAGCGGCGGGCACGGCACCGUGCGUGCCCCACGCGGCCUGCGCGGGACGUCUCUCGCGGAGCGAGCGCAAGCGCGGGUCCAUGACGGCCGACAGCGAGUGCGGCCCGUGCCUACCCGGGUUCUUCAGUCCUGGGGAGGCAGGAGACGCGAGCCCCCCAGUGCCGUGCUCGCCCUGCAGCGCCGCCCCCGCCGGAACGGCCGCGUGUGACGGAGGGACCACGACAUCACCAACAAUAAUCACUGCCCCGUCGACAGAGGCGGUCGCACGGACGGGGACUCGCGGGGGGAAGCUGCCAGGGCUACAGGACGACCCCGUGGAAGCACCAGGCAGGGCCAGUGGGGAACGGCAACAGCAGACCCAUGGCGAUGAUCGUCAUCAUCAUGAUCAUCAUCAUCAGCAGCAAGAGGAAGACGACACGAGCGGCGGGUCAGCCAGCACAGCGGGCACCGAAUCCCCGGCCCCACGGGCCCCGGGCCCCGGCGUCCGCACGGCCACGGCGACCCCGCCGGCCUUCCCGACCCCCGAGACAUCGGAGAGCGCCGCGGUGGUGGAGGGGAGCCCGCGACCCCUGCCCGACUUCGGCUUCUUCGUGCUGGUGCCGGUGUUUGGGCUCACGGGGCUGCUCGGGGUCCUCGUCUGCCACACGCUCAAGGCGCGCCGGGCCCGCGGCGCCACGGAGAGCGUCGGCGGCGGCGGAGGAGGAGGGGGCGGAGGGGGCUCGGGGCUCGCGGGCGCCGACUGCAAGGAAGGUGCGAGCUUGCUGCUGCCGACUGCCCAGUACUACGCCGGUAACGAAGACACGAUUGGCCAGCUGGUGAAAUACUUUCUGCACAAGAACGGAAACGUGGAGGCUCUGCAAGCCUUGGCCAUGGAAUGUGGGCGACUGGAGACUACGGACAGCAUGGCGAGCGGCUUCUGCUCACCGUCCGAGACUCCGCAGCACUGCCAGCUGUCCCCCCUGCACUCCCCCCCUCCGCAUCACCACCACCACCAGCAGCAGCAGCACCAGCAGCAGCAGGCGCCCCCCCCGGGCUGGCUGCACGCGCACACGGUGCACGCCUCGCACUCGCGCUGCGCCUGCACGCGCUGCCGCCACACGCUCUGGACACAGCUGCCCUGGACCCCCUGCCCCCCAAUCGGCGCGAGGACGACACCCAGCCGCCAGGGGCGCCCUGCGGACGCCGCGGGUCAGGCCAUCGGCAGGUUCCGCGUGAGCCAAAUCCCCGAGCAGAGGGAGUGGGGGAGCGCGGCCGAGGAGAAGAAUCUCCUGGAGAUGAGCGACAGCGACGGGGACGACUCGGCGAGCGGCCACAUGGCUCUCGACAAUCCCGGGGGGCCCGGGGCCCCCCAAUCCCACCACCCGCUCCCCCGGGCGCAGACCGACACUAAGCUUUGUUUGUUAGCGUGAGUUGUGGGGGGCUAGAGCCCCCCCCCUCCCCCAACCAACCACAGUUCACGAAACUCAGCUAACUAUAACAACAGCCAAUUCCUAACCGCAUGAAGUAUUAUCGUGGUGCAGGAGGGAAUCGCUGCUGCUACUGCGUCUGUCGCUACACCAGCCUCCCCCCCCCCACUGCCCCAGUAUAAGAGUGGGCGAGCGUGUGCGUUAGACCUCUUGUUCAUCCGCAUCGGCUUUAAUAACAGAGGGCACAUUUCAGACUCGGGGACGAGUGGUUGGCGGUGCCCCCGCGGUUGAGCCGGCUCCUGCGGUGCGCCGAGUCGAUGGCCCACCGCCCGGAGGCCGCCCGUGGGUGGGACGGCGCGGGGCCAUGGCGGCACGCCGCACGACCACCGCGCACCGCGUGGCCGUGCGGAAGCUCUUCACAACGGUUCCUAUUCCUCCGCCGCGAAGGGCACAACAGCAGCGAGCGUGAGUCUGUGCGCGAGCGAGCGAGCGUGAGUCUGUGCGCGAGCGAGCGAGCGUGAGUCUGUGCGCGAGCGAGCGAGCGUGAGUCUGUGCGCGAGCGAGCGAGCGUGAGUCUGUGCGCGAGCGAGCGAGCGUGAGUCUGUGCGCGAGCGAGCGAGCGUGAGUCUGUGCGCGAGCGAGCGAGCGUGAGUCUGUGCGCGAGCGAGCGAGCGUGAGUCUGUGCGCGAGCGAGCGAGCGUGAGUCUGUGCGCGAGCGAGCGAGCGAGUGGGAGCGUGCUCGGUGAUUAGCGCACUGCGCAAUGAACCCCGGCGGCCCGAGUUCAAUUCCCACUCGCGGCCAAUAAUGGUGGCAGAUAUUUUUUAACCUCCUCCGAGGUCGACUCAGCUUUCACUGAGUAGCCUGGUGCAGUGUGUAAACCUUAGUACUGGGGAGACAAAGACGGCCGGGUGUGGUGCUGGCCACCCACUCGACCUCGUGUGCAGUGUCGGACUUGAUAGGUGCUGGCUAACAGCGUUUGCCCCCAACGGUCUGUUAAAGGCUAUACGGGGGAUCUUGAUCUUUGCGUGAGUGUGCGUGUGUGUGUGCGCGUGUGCGAGUGAGCGUGGGCUGCAGGACAGACAGGGUUUCACGGGGACAUUUUUCCCGAAAAGCCACCGCGUGAACAUUCGGAGCACACGUCUCCAGCUCUGAGCAAUUCGCAUUUCAGUUUGGGUCUCCGUGCGAUGGUCACUGGCGCCACUGUCGUCAGUGAGAGGGGGCACCGCCGCCGAGUUUGUGGAUCAGAGGCAGCCGAACGGGCCUCGGAAGCGGUUCCGUGAUAUCACCUUCCACGGGCCGCUCUCCGACCGUCACACAGCUCACAGCUAGAGGUCCAAAUGAACAUUUCUGUCUUCGCGAUGGCGCUCGGCACAGUGAAGCUACCCAUUGCGUUAAGUUGCGGUUGUGGUCGGCCGCGUCAGACAGCUGAAGUGAAAAUAUUAAUUUGGUGGGGAACUCACUCCAGAAAGUUGGGGUUGAUCUUCUCUUGAGUUGUCUUUGUGCAGCUGACCACCACACGCAGAGAGGGGCAGCCGAUGCAGAUGGACUCUCCACAAAUCGUGGAGCCAUCCCGAGGGCACGAUCCUCCUCCGCCCCCCACUUAAGCUGACUGGUUUACACGCACGCAGGGCUUAAUCUCAUGGAAUACAGCCAGGGCCCCCCAACUCCCGGAUCCCACCCCGCCAACCCCCCCCCCGCCCCCCCUCGACAAUUAAUAUCUUCUGAACUUCAGCCCUGGGCAGCUCCGACUGAGAUUAAUCUCUCUGCAUGUGAAUCUAGUGUAGGUAAGACAGCCUUAUGCGUAGUAUUUAUAAACUAGCAUUAUUCCUCCUACUACAAUGUUUAUUUAAUAGUUUUAUUAUCACUAUGGUUGCGUGUUGAUAUUAUAUUUAUUGCCGUCUUGGCCGCUCGUGACGUUCCUGGUUGGUUGGAGCCACUUCCCCGCCCCGGGUUCUGGCGUGAGCAUGGCCAGUGGGCGACUCAAUCCACCCCCUCUGACGGUACACGACUCACGUCCACACGACCCGCGUGCACACGGGGUGGGGGGGGGGGGCGACGAAACUCAGGAACCGUGGCCAAUUGAGGACCAUUCACAGGCGGGCCCUUUGUUAAUCCACUGCUGGAUGGCCAUCCUUCACCGCAUUGGACAGCAGCGGUGCGUGUUUUGGGUUAAGGUUGGAGAAGCGGAGCGCAAAACUGCGUCAGAUCUCACCCGUUCGCCACUCGCCAAUGUUGGCCGCAGUCCGGAGUCGAACCCGUGCUGCAGCUGGAUGCGAAGUGCAGUGUGCUAACCGCCGCGCCACUGCUCUCGGCGUAUAUAAUUUGGUUAUUGAAUAUACGAGCGGAUUUGUGCUGCGGAGAUCAAUGCAGACGCGUUGGGGGGGGGGAGAUCAUUCGAGCGCCCUGGGCGCAACGGGUCGAGCGAGACUCCAAAGCAAAGCGGUGCCACUUCAGCAGCGCCACUUCAGCAGCGCCAUCACCGUCAGCCGUGAUUCAUCCACUGCUAGACGAGUGCCUCGCCAAGCAAGUCGCUCGUAGCUCGAGGAACUGCCGCAAUCGACGGCACAGAUGCAAACGUUUCCCGAGUUGUAUCCGCACCCGGCACCAGAAGGUGGGCCAUGACGCUCAAUCAACGCCGAGCCGUGCUGUGGUGGCGCUUUGGAUGGCAAGGGUUGGUGGAUCACACGGAGAUGUGUGAAGCUCCCAUACUACGCUGGGCUGCGGGAUUGUUGACCACAAGGUGGCAGCCACACCACGUGGGUUCAUGAACCCAUCUGUGCGGAGUGUUUUGGCUGUCGCAUAGUCGCUACGUGCGUGGGCGGGCAGUCUCCGUGUUCUCCCCGUUUCAUCUCCCACACUGAGAAUGUAACUCUCGCCAAUAACGGAAUUGGCCAAACAUCCCGACAAAGCACGACCCUCUUGAAAACAACAGAGUCACGGGACUCUCGUGGGUAAAUAAAGGGCAUUAUAGUUCAGUAGAUAUAACACAAACAUGGGCACAAUACCGAUCCGCAAAGCGACGAAAAUUGGUGGGUGGCUGGUGUGAAGGGGAGUCGAGGCGGGGCGGGGGGCUCACUAACUCCUGCCCCCCACCCCCACUCUCCUCUCCAUCAUCUCCCGGCUCCCUGCCCCCCUCCCGUAAUUUGAUUUCCCCGUCGGCUUCAGUGCCUGCUUGACCUUUCAUCUCGGCGGUGCAGCGGAAUGUCGAGACAUCCAUCUCGGCAUAAGAGGAGGUCACGCGCGCGCUCCUGGGCACACAGGGACGACGCGGGGACUCGUCUCUCCCGAUAGCUGAUCAACGGAAAUGUCAACCGUGUGUCCGGACAGGAUGCAGAGAAUAUUGCGAAUGUAAGAGCAGCAGUAUGAUGAAGAGGUGGGGGAGCGGUGUGAUAUUGUUAUCUAGGUGAUGAGGGCCAUGCCCCCCCCCCUCCUCCCUUCAUCCCUUACACCCCCCACCCCCCAUUGCUCCAUUCGUACUGCACUUAGAUGAAUGGAGUCGUUACAAAAUACCGGGGGGCUGCCCCCCCCCCCCGCCUCCUUCGCUAGAAUUUAAUUGCCUCAAUCUCCAUCUGUUUAUUUAUGCGCAUGGGGUUCUGUGUAUGCAUGUGCCCAUGCUUAAAUCUGUGUGUGUCUGUCUUGUGUGAGUCUGUCUUAUGUGUGUCUAUGUGUGUCUGUCUUUUUGGUCUCUGUGUGCGUGUGUGUGUCGGUGUGCGUGUGUGUGUCGGUGUACGUUUGUGUGUGUGUACGUGUGUGUCAACCAACGUGUGUGUGUGUGUGUACCAGUCGGAGGAUGUACCGAUGUAUGUGUGUGUGAGUGUAUCAAUGUACGACUAUAGUACUUUAAUAAUCCACUGCUGGAUGAAGGCCUCCCCACGCCAUGUUGGUCACAUGGGUUGUGUGAUCAUACCUCACCACGCUGGGAGAUGCGGGUUGGUGAAGCGGGGAGUGGAGCGGGGCACGACCGGUUCGGAUUAUGACUCGCCACUCAUGUCAGCCGUGGCCGGGAUUCGAACUCAGGUGGCCGGAUUAGUAAUGCAGCGCGCAAGUGUGUGUGCCUCUUUACCGAGGUAAUGAUGUGUUGACCUGCAUACGUUGUUAGUACCUGUCUGUGUAAGUAUUAUAUCUGCGUGCUGACACCUAUUGUGCACCAAUAUGUGUGUAUGUACCCCUGUGCUGGGUCACGUAGCCCGCAUGCCCAGCCACCGCAUGCCCAAGAAGCUUAAGUUUGGCCGCAUAGAGGGGGCUAAACGGGCUGGAGCAGAGAUGGAGUGAUGCGGUACGGGAGGAUGUGGAGCUGAGUGGACUUGCCGAUGACUGGUACCAGCGGUGUCAAUAUCGGCCUCGAUGGAGGAGGCUCGUGAAGGACGCUACUGGUCAGUUGGAGGCAGUCGCCCUCCAGCAACAACGGAGGGCGGAGGAGCGACGCUCACAACAACGAGCGGAGCGCCCGGCGGCUAAAAUAUAGCAAGUUGGCACAGUAGGGGUAAAGCUGGUGCAUCUACCAGUCAUCUCAGACAGCCAACCUAUGGCACCUGGGUCUGUCCCGAGACCACCUGCCAGCGAGCCUUCGACACUUCACGUGUCCUCUAAGGGGCACCUAGCCUGGCACAGGCGCCGUGGUGACGUCACUGUCACUCAGUGGCUAAUGACGCGGGGUAUUGGUACUGGUGUUUGUGUGCAUCUAACAAUGCAGUGCGCGCGCCAAGUCUGUGUCUAUUCCCAUGUUGAUGAGUGUAUCUACCCAUGUCUGUAUGUACCCAUGUGUGUAUGUACCCAUGUCUCUGCGUGUACGUACAGCCGCGCGUGUGUGCGCGUGUAUGUCACGUGUGUAUAGCAAUACGUAUAGCGAAACUGUUACUUGAAAAUGUUACGUCCCCCCCUUCCCCCGCGCAGGGGGGCUAAAGGGGGGCGGGACCCCCUAAUUUAAACCUGUGGAGUGGAGAGAGAGCGGACAGGCGGUGUGAGAUCGCUGAAGUGCAGAGUAAUAAAUACAGUUCUGUGUUUCUCUUUCGA